AUGGAUAAAGACGAGUCAGUUAAUUCUGUUAAGGCAGAGGUGGAGCCUGGACUUGAGCUUCACGUGAAUGUUACUGGUGCUGACGUGGAGGCGGAGGACAUGGAUCCGGAGUCGCCCUCUCUCAUGAGCUACAUGCCCAUGGAUUUGCUGGAAGAUGACAGCCACGAUGCUGCUGCUGCUGCUGCUGCUGCUGCUGCUGGAGCAUUGGACGGCUCAGAUCAAGGCAAAUCGUCCAGCGACAACGAUGGAGAUGCGGAGGAAGGACCAGGGCUAGGGAUAGUCCCUGUGUUGGGUUUUGAUUGUGGUGAUUUCGAUGGACUUAGUGGUCGUGGCAGGAUGCUGGGUGCUGGGUAUGGUGAGGAUGGGUGCAAGCUGCACUUGUCACGGAGAGCAGAUGCUGCUGGUGGUGAAGGUGCAGCAGCAUCUCUUGCUCUCGGCUUAUCAGGAGUGGGAGGUCUGAUGGUUGCAGGAGGUGAUGAUUUGCCCCAGCCUUUAGCCAGAGCUGGUGGUGCUGCUGCAGCGAGGGGGAUGGGGAUGGCUGUGGCGGCUGAGCAGGGAGAAGGGUGGGGGCUUUUGGGGAAGCGGCACGCGGAUAUGAUUGCGGAUGCUGCUGUGGAUGUCGGCGCUGGUGGCGGUGGUGAGGGGGGUGGAUGGGGUGACGCAGGUGGUGCGUUUGGGCUGCAGGAGAGGAUUUGGAGCUCGUUCGGCCUGCAGAGCUCCAGCAACCUGAGGAGAGCCAGAGGCGAGCAGCAGCAGCAUCAGCAGCAGGCGCAGCAGCAGCCAUUUGAGGCGCCAAUGGGUUGGGAAGUGCCAGUGGAGGAAGGGAGGUUCUGCAUCAGGUGCAAAGGGUCCGCGGAGAAGCUCAGGCAUGAGAUCAAGGACCUGAAGCUCACACAGAGAGCACUGGAGGCGGAGUUGGUGUGGGCCAUGGAGGGGAAGCUCAAGGCGGAGCAGGCAGUGGCGGAGAUGGGCCAUGCGAGGAACGAUUCCCCUCUGCAGCACAAGGUGCUGGAGAGCGUUGACUGGGGGAGCAUCAUGGAUACAUCAACGGAUACCAAUAGGGCGAAGCGGCAGGGGCAGGAGGCAUGGCAACGUGAGCAAGUGCGGGGGGAGAAGGAGCAGCAGCGGCUGGCGGAAUUGGAGCGAUACGUGGAGCGCAUAUCAGCACAGUUCCAGGGACUGCUGGGGAGCUACAACUCUGUUGCCGGCCAACUGCAGCAGGCACACGCAGAGACCUCUCAAUUCUCGCACCCUUACUCACCCACACGCUCACCUUUGUGCCCUGUCGCCCUGUCGUCCUCGCUCCUCUCGCCAGCUGCGAGCAGACGCCCUGCAGCUGAGAGCAGCAAAUAUGGAGCUGCUGCGCCGCGGCCCGAUGCGAGACUCCUCGCCCGGCAUGCCUGGCAUGCCUGUGGUCGCCGCGCCGCUGCCUCACAGCCCACUGGGUUGCACACCAGGGGCAACUGCAGCACCUGGACGGUCACUGCUGCGUUCCUCAUCGCGUAUGCAAUCCUUCGGUUCUUUUUCUUGCCCCCCAUACCUCCCACCCAUUCUCUGAUAUUCACUGCAGCGUUGGAAGCGGUAGGCACUAGGCAGCAGCAGCAGCAGCAAGGGCAAGGCGUGGACAUGCCUCUCUGGUCGCCAUUGGCUGGGCAGUCACCACAAGGAAAAACACUCGUGGCAGAUGCUGCGCGGAUGGUGAGAGGUGAUCAAGACGCACACGCGGUGGCCCCACGGCAGGCAGCAAUAUCACGUGCAGACCUGGGCAGUGCAAGGCAUGGGGGUGUGAUAUCUGCUGCUGACGACCUGGUCACUACGGAGGACAGAAUUAAGUUGCUCCUAGCUGAGGUGCAGAGGGGGCCUGCUGCUGCUGCUGCUGCUCCAGCUGCUGCGGCUGCUGCUGCCGCACAUGUUGCGGAAGCUGGGAGGCCGGGUGCAGAGGCGAAGCAGAGUGAGCAGCAGCUGCGGAAGGAGAAGGAGAAGCAGGGGGAGCGGAUGGGUGGCCAGGAGGAGCGGGAGGAGGGAGGAGAGGUUGAGAUGCAAAGCAAAGAAGUGGCCACGGCUGUUAUGCAGCGCACAAAGCGUGCUGUCCCAGCAACACCAGAGAUGCUCCACACACGCCCUGCUGAAGCCACAGCCGCACAAGACGUUUCCAUGGCAUGUGCUGAAACUACUUCACUGGAAACAGCAGGAUCGGAAGGGGUAUAUCUAACGGAUAGUGCUGCUGAGGUGAUCAGGAGGCCGACGGGGCAGUCCCAGCCAGACGAGAAGAUGCAUGACGUGGAGCCACGUCAGCCUGCUGUUGAUGCACGUCAGCUGGAUUCCAAGGAAGCUUCUGGUGGACGCAGCGAUGCCCGUCGUUCUGCUAUGCCCAGUUUCAGUGUGCAAGGCAGUGCUUCCCCUGCAGCAGGCACCACCCCCACAGAUAGCUCCAUGGCCUUCCUCCUCUCCAUGUCCUCGCCAGGCCCCACUCCCCUCACUUCCCACCCCGCCAUGCCCUUCCACUCGCGCCUGGUUACCACCAGUAUUCCGCUCACUCCCUCCCAGGCCUUUUCCUCGCGCCCCACUCCCAUCUCUCCCCCACCUCGUACCUUUGCCGCUGCUGUCUCGCCUCCUGUUCCUCAGUCUGGCACGGGUGCUAAAUCAUCGGAGGCUGCUACAGCUGCUGCUGCUGUAGCAGGUAUCACACCUGGGGUACUAGCCCCGGGUUCCCUGAACUGGCCAUCUCCUCAGCCCCCAAGACUUGCCUCUGACUCCAUCUCGCCUCGCCUUGCCCCUGAUCUGUCUCCCAAGUUUGCUACCUCCCUGCAUGCCCGUGCUUCCAAGCCCGUCCCAGACGCCCCCUCUAGAUUAAGAGCAGGCAAGCCUGGUAACUCCACACCAUCCAUUGCGCCUACCUCCAUCCGCUCACCUGUGGUGCCGCCUGCCUUGCCCUCCAUUGCACCUAAGCUAGUGGAGGGGAUAGUGACUUCUAUUGUGUCUGAAGGUACGGCGCUGCUGCCUGUGGGGCGUGCUGAAGCCCUUGCUGCUACUGCUCAGCCGCUGCCUCUUCCCCUCCCUAAAAGCAUCUCCGUUAGAGCAAAUCAGCUGCCUGCUGGCGCUGCUGUUUCUGCCCUGGCGGCAAGGGAACGAGGAGUAGCAGGAGAGGGCGUGGGGAGAGGUGCAGGUGGAAAAGCGGUUCCGCCGUCUGCAUCAGCAUCUGCUGCUGCCUUGAGUAGCAGCAGCAGCAGGAAGAGAGGCGUGUCGGGGACCGCAGCAGCAGAGGGGACAGCAUUAGUCGCGCCGGGCAAGCCAGUGACAAGUGGUGGCAGUGCACAGGCAAGGGAAAGAGGUACGGAGGAGCGGCACGCAGGAGGAGGUGUGAGAGACACGAGUGCAGCAGUUGGAGCGCUGAAGGGUAGACUUGAGGUUACAGGCACGAGACUGGGGUCGCCAGGGGCAUUGUCCUCUAGGGAAGGUGUUGCCACGAGCGGCAGUGGAAGGAUGGUGACAGUGGGUGGUGAGGGGAGCUUGCGGCCUCAUCGAGGCGUGCCCUCCCCUGCUGCCUCUGCUGCCUCUGCUGGUGCUGCGGCAAAGGCGAGCGUUUUUUCCCGCUUGGGAGGUGCUACCGGAGGAGGAGGGGGUGGAGGAGGAGCAGGGGUGGGAGGAGUGAGGCGUGAGGAGACAACGGGUAGCCGUGCGUGGGUGGAUGGUGAGCCGGACACAGGUAUGAUGUCUCGCAGCCGGCGCAGGGAGCGGAGGGUGGAGGAGAACCAUUCGUUGGAGUCUAGACUGAGUGCAAGUGGAGCUGCCUCGAGCGAGCGGAGCAGGGGGAGGGAUGGUGUGAAGGAGAGGAGCGAAGGUGCCACGUCAAGCAUGGGUGGAGGAGGGGGAACAGCGGCGGCGGCUGCAGCGGCAGCAGCAGCGGCUGCGGCGGCGGCAUUGGAUGUGUAUGAUCAGGGGACGUACAAGACAGAGCUUUGCAACAAGUGGGAGCAGACGGGCGCCUGUCCGUACGGCAACAGAUGCCAGUUUGCCCAUGGAGUGGAGGAGAUGCGGCCUAUUCUGCGGCAUCCGCGUUACAAGACGGAACUCUGUCGCAUGAUUGCUUCGGGGAAGCAAUGCCCAUAUGGUCAUCGAUGCCAUUUCAGGCACGCCAUGACGCAAGAGGAACGCGCCUUCCUUUACAUGUUUUGA